AUGCAUGAAGAAAAAGACAUCACCACGGAAAAUGAAAAAUCAAAUGGCGCCGACGAAAAGCUCCUCAAGGAGCUGGAGAACCCUCAAAAAAUCAAGAAAAUAGUCCGCGAAGGCAUUCUGCUCGCCGGGGGCGGGGCAGCCAUUCUUCUUCAAGUUGCCAUGCCCGGCGUUGGCAAAGGCGUGGAUGCACACAGCAACUUCUCCUAUCGUCCGCUGGACCGACUACGCACGACUAUGACAUACGUCUACUGCAUGGCGUUCGGUACUCCCGAAGAGAAGAGGAUCAUCAUUGAGAUGGUUCAUAAAGCACAUUCAGUCGUCAGAGGUCCCGACUACUCUGCUGAUGAUCCACACUUGCAGGUGUGGGUUGCGGCAACUCUCUACGCCGUUGGCAUUGAUCUGUAUGAGCAGGUUUUCGGUCGUAUGGAUGAGGCCACCGCCGAAGCAAUCUAUCGUGAAUAUGCCGUUCUUGCAGUUUCCCUCCGUGUUGAGCCGGGGAUGUGGCCGCCGACUCGUGAGGCAUUCUGGACCUACUGGGAUGAACAGAUCGAAAAAUUACAGCAUCAGAUAACCCCACAGGCCAAGAACGUCGCGAAGGAUCUACUGUUUAAUAAAGAGGUUCCUUUCUUGAUCCGCAUUUCCAUGCCCCUGGUGCGGCUCAUGACCGCGGACCUCCUUCCAGAUCGCAUCCGAGAGGAAUAUGGGCUCAAGACCAGUAGGAGCCGGAGGGGAAUGCAGAAGGUGAUCAGAGGAUUUACCAAGGUUGUCUACCCAGCUACACCUAGUUUUAUUCGAACCUACCCUAUGCGGUACUACAUGAAGGACAUGCGGAAGAGAAUGAAGAAGGCCCAACAACAACAUAGGUAA